GCGACAGAUGUCGUCGGUCCCUGGUGGUACUGGUGAUAACAUCGUCUACGCGCUGCUGUGUGGCGGGGCCUUUGCUGGAGCCAUCGCCUAUGUGAGUCUACGCCAGACCAUUUAGUUUGAUCUGUUUGAGUUCAGAUGACGUAGCUCAGAGAUAAAAUAUAGACUGGCCUAUUUCAUAAACCUUUAGAACUCUAGAAUGUGCUCUAUUUUAUGUGACAUGGCUAAAGUUGCCCUCAGAAGAAUGUUAUAUUUCUCUGGUAGAGGUGAAGAUAUGACUAUUUUGAGCGUUUCAAAUGUUAUUUGUGUUUCUUCCAACAGACAUACAGCACUGUGACCACAGAUCACGCCAGAUUCAACGACCGUGUAGCAGAUAUCAAUGCUCGUCCCAAGACCGAGUGGGCGCCCAAACCAUGGCCCCCCAAGAGUAAGUUUCACCUCACCCACCAUCUUACCUCACAACCUCACCCACCAUCUUACCUCACAACCUCACCCACCAUCUUACCUCACAACCUCACCCACCUUUUUACCUCACAAUCUCACUCAACAUCUUACAGCACAAUCUCAAUUAACCCAUCAUGUCAUGACAGGUUGUUGGAUAAGACAGGGUUUGGGUUUGGUCAUGGCUGUAAGGACUGUGACACACUCACCGUAAAUAACUAUUAAUUGUCCACUGUUGCAAUGCCGUACACCAUACACUACCCCCCCCCCCCCCUUUUCAGUUCAGUGGCCUAAGCCCUCUAUUCAUGAGUCAUGGUUGGCAGUGUAGCUCUGACCUGUCUGUGUGCAAGAGAAAGAGGGAUGUGAUCCAAGCUAGGGAUUGUGGGACAGGAGGCCUGGAUAAUCCUUGAUUUAUUUCACCAUGUCCGAGGAAUGUCGCUGAGGGACCACACGCUCAUGCUCCUAAAGCCGUAGCAUGGCUAUUCAGUGUGUGUGUGUGUCCUAUUUUCUCCUCUGGGAGAGCCUUCCUGUUGCAGUGGAAAUCCUGCUGAGCUCAUUAGAAUAGACACACACACUUAUAGUGUCCCUGUCAUGGUGUGUUAAUAUCUCUGGAAAUAACAAGCGGUCAGUAGUUUUGGCCAGACCACCAGGGACUCCUAGCCAAACAGGCCAGCCCCCCUCACGUUCUCUGGCUGAACAAAGUCAUUGCUGUCCAGUGUCCAGGCAGCUGUCGGAGACCUGCAUAUUCCACUAUCACUCCUUUUCUGUCUUUGCCAAAAUCACUUCCUGCUAAUAAAAACACUCUCCCGUCCAAGUCCAUUCUAUUUAUACCUGCAGCUAUUAUGUCAUCCAACAGUGGCCAGGGAGUUGGUUUAUUGACACUGGGGGAGGAGCGUAUGGUACUACUGGUGCUGUAUAAACAGCUGAGAUUAGAUAUAUAUAAUUAGCUUUUAUUUCCCACUUGUAAUGGAUGUUUAUUUUGGCAGGCUUCACCAUAAUGAUAAACUCCAACUACACAGAUACCAUCACACAAGCGCAUGGCUAUCUCGCCCAUGAACCCUUAUGCACGCUCAUACAUGUGUGAAAAGAUAAAGAAGGCAACAGUAAACAUGUCGUCCCCCACGAAUGAUGCAUCUCUAGUCCAUAUACUCCAUAGGCUAUAUUAUACUGAACAAAAAUAUAAACGCAACAAUUACAGUUCAUGUAAGGAAAUCAGCCAAUUGAAAUAAAUAAAUUAGGCCCUAAUCUAUGGAUUUCACAUGACUGGGCAGGGGCGCAGCCUGCGAGAGCAUAGGCCCACCCACUGGGGAGCAAGGCCCAGCCAAUCAGAAUGAGUUAUUCCACACAAAAGGGCUUUAUUACAGACGGAAAUACUCCUCAGUUUCAUCAGCUGUCUGGGUGGCUGGUCUCAGACGAUCCCGCAGGUGAAGAAGCCGGAUGUGGAGGUCCUGGUCUGGCGUGGUUACAUGUGGUCUGUGGUUGAUAGGCCGGUUGGACGUACUGCCAAAUUCUCUAAAACAACAUUGGUAGAGAAAUUAAUAUUACAUUCUCUGACAACCGCUCUGGUUGACAUUACUGCAUUCAGCAUGCCAAUUGCACACUCCCUCAACUUGAGACAUCUGUGGCAUUGUGUUGUGUGACAAAGCUGCACAUUUUAGAGUGGCAUUUUAUUGUCCCCAGCACAAGGGGCACCUGUGUAAUGAUCAUGCUGUUUAAUCAGCUUCUUGAUAUGCCACAUGGAUGGAUUAUCUUGGCAAAGUUGAAAUGCUCACUAACAGGGAUGUAAACAUAAGCUUUUUGUCUGUAUGGAACAUUUCUGGGAUCUUUUAUUUCAGCUCAUGAAACAUGGGACCAACACUUUACAUGUUGCGUUUAGAUUUUUGUUCAGUAUAUAAUCCAUAUAAUACAUACCCUGUAAAUCUGUGACACUGUGAUUCUCUGUCUGUUUCCAGGCAGGGAUGAGGAAGAGGAGGGUGAGUUCCUAUGUGUGGCUCUACUGGUUAAUGUCUUUCAUUUGUAAUAACUCACAGCCUGUUAAAUGACUCUCUUUCUGAAUGACCAAUGAAACUUUGUUUUAGACUGACUUGGCAUGGAUUUGAUUAUUCUCUCACUGAUUGCCUUGAAAUGUAUGUUUCUCUAUAGGUGCUCUCACACCUAGAUCUUUCUCUAGAUAUAUUCACAAAACUGCAUUUCCAAGAAUUCUGAGGACCAAUGGUAGGGAAAAGGAGUGGAUUCAUGGGCUCUGAAAUGGGUGGAGUCUUCAUGUAUUGCAUUUCAAUGAUUGAGCCAAAUGCUGUGAAAUGCCAUGAUGAUAAUCUACAGUAUAGUUAUUAGUGACGUCCCCACUCAUCGUAGGGUUCCUGAAUCUUCAUUGGUUAGUUACUGCAGAGCACCAAUCACAUCGAUUCUUAUGCCCACGCUCGGAGAUCUCCCUGUUCUGGUUAAUAACGAGUGCUUCCAACCUUCUGGCCUUAAAUGCGUUCUCUUUACUCAUAGUAGAACUGGCAUAACUGUCUGAGAUUACUAAUUUAUUUGAAUUGACACCCGGAUAAGGUGUCGGGUCUAGAACAGGUUCUGCUCUCUGAUUUUCUGGACUUAGUUUUGGAAGUUUCACAACCCAAUGCCUUGGCUUUCUGUCAUUGGCAGAAAAUAUUGUUAGGGGACCCAAAGCAUGUAGUUGGUGGAAAAUCUACUGUUGAUGGUCAUAUUUGGGAGGACCUGUUCAGAGAUGGGUUUCCCUGUACACAAUGUUUUGGUUUCUCUAGAUGGUCAACUUAGCCUACUCUUGUUGAUGAAUUUGAUAUAGGCAUUUUUAACGGAGUGAUUCUGAAAGUAGAAAAAAAACUCAGCUUCUCCUUUCUGGCCCCACCCCACCCAGUUUCUCCUGUCUGACCCUAACCUGAUCCUAUUGGCUGAAAUACCUGUUAAUCAGAACAGGGGGCUCCCCUCCUUGACACUACUCCUUUCCUAUUGUACGAUCCACGUCAAAACAUGUGCCCACCCUUCAACCCUGCUUCUCUCACUGUUAAUCCCCCACUCCCAACCUCUCGUAAACCUGUACCUCUUUAUUAAAGAGUCUUAAUUCGCUACCAAACUCAAUGUCCACACUGACGCCACCCCUCAAACGGAAACAGGUGACGUCAUCUUAGUGCCCCCUUAAACCUAGAAUGCUAAUGCACUGUUGGCAUUAUCAGCGCAUUGUACAAGCAGUCAUUUUGAUGAGAUAAGCCCAUAGGGAAAUUAAUGAUCAUAAUCUUUGAUGUUGAACUAGAAUUUUUGAUAAUGGUGAAAUUGUAAUCUGAUUUAAAGUUAUUUUUUUAUUAAAGGUUAUCUUCCUCCCUUUUGCGCUAACACUCUCCUAUUUUUACUCUUUGCAGUGUAAAACUAAAUUGACUAUACGUCAGGGACGUACUGGACUCUUUGGAUGAAUCUGAAAAGGGGGAUAUCUCCUACUUUCCUCCUUCUCCUGUAUGACUGAACAAGUCCUGCUACGUCCCAUACAUUCAACUAUUGUCUGUUUCCGAAUGUUUCUCCUCUGGACACUUUAUAGCUUCGUUCUAUGUAUUUCCCCAUUUUUUAUUUAUUUGAUGAACUCAUGUUUUUGUGGCCUCUUCCAGGAUGGAAUAAUGCUAAUGGGUAAAUGUGUAGAAAGACAGACUGCCUCAAUUUAAAAUUAAACGCGCACAAACCACCUGGCUUGUCUGUUAUUGUUGGAAUUUCCAGGUACUGGUAGCUUUGAUUGGAUGGUAAGAUUCACCAUCUUUAUCCCAUCACUCCUCAGUCCACCCUCUGACCUCUAACCUCUAUCCCCUGACCCUGUAUACAUCCCCUAUGUCACUUUAAUCUCCCUUUGUCGAUUUUAUCCCUCUCUCCCCUCCCUUUCUUUUGGGUUUUGCAUGUGGUGAAUGCAUGUGGUGAAUUCUCUUCUGCAGUUAUUUGUUUUGCUGGGGUUUUGCCCGUUCCAGGUGGAGUGUGGUAAGAUCCGGAGGUGUGGUAAGAUGAGUGGCAUGGGCGUAGCGUGUGUGAUGCAGUGUAUGAUUGUUUCAGUGUGUGGUUGUGCACACAGCAGCUAAAUGAUAAGUUAUGAAUGUAAAUAUGAUUAAGAUAAAAAUAUAGAAAUAGUACUUUAUCUGAAUAUUCUGUUAUAUUAUAGGCUAGUGUUAUGUAGGGGUGAGUAGUGUAAUUCACAUACCCUGCAAAUACUCUUAUUUUGUGUUGUAAAGCUUACUCAGGCAGUGUUGUGAAGGUGAGUUUCAAAGGCCGAUGCCAUCUUUACUGAUUUAUAUAUUCUUCUCUCGUUCUCUCUCUCUUUGUUUCAGGUGAGGAAGCAGCAGCCGAGGUAGGAGAGGAAGUAGAGGAGGCGGCCGAGGAGGGAGGAGAGGAGGAGGUGGCAGUAGCGGAGGGAGGAGAGGAGGAGGUGGCAGCAAAGGAGGGAGGAGAGGAGGAGGUGGCAGCAGAGGAAGCUGCACUUGAAGAGGCUGUAGCGGCGGAAAACGGAGCAGAACCCGCAGAAGAGGCCUCAGUCGAGGCAGAAGCAGCGGCCGAGGCAGUUUCUGAAGAACCUGCUGUGGAGGCAGCAGCAGUAAAGGUAGAGGCGGCACCAGCGGUAGCAGAAGCGGAGACUGUGGUGGAGGAGAUGGCAGAGGCUGUUGCGGUGGCUGCUGAAGUCAUCGCUGAGGUCGCAGAAGAGGUCAUUGAGGUGGCAAAUGAAGUGGAGGCGGCAGCGGAGGAAGUGGUCAAAGUGGCCGAGGCCGUGGAAGAGGCUGCUGAGGCUGUUGCCGCACAUGCCGCCGCCGAGGAGGCAGUUGCCGUGGCCGAGCCAGAGGCGGAGAUCAACGGUACGGGCCCAGAGGAGGAGGCUGAUGUUGCUGCUGAGUAACACACACACACCACAGGGAGGCACACACUGUCCUUCACCACCAGCCCAACACACACACGCACUCCGAUAGGCCAGCAGCAACAGGGAGGUUAUGUGUACAUUGUUCCUUACCCACACCAUAUAGUACCACUACAGAGUCUAACACUGAUCUGACCUGGUGCUAAAACCACUAGAGCUUGACUACUCAGAUGUGAAGGUUAUUCUCUCGAAGAGGACACUUUAUCCAUUAGAGUUUACUUAGAGGGCAGAGGCGUAACUAAUGAUAUGACUGAUUGUAAGUGAAAGUGUGAAAAGCUAGAAGAAUAGAUUGCUCUGUUAUUCCCCCCCCCCCCUUCACGCUAAAAGCUUGUGUAGUUCAAAAUCUCUCCUGACUAUGUACAGUAUAUUUGUACAGUAUAUUUGUUGUGUCCUGGAGAUGGUAAAAGUGCUAAAAAAUCAGAACAGCAGAUGGUCACCGCUGUUAGACCUUUUUAGAAAGUGGCAGUGAUGUCAUCCAUCUCUUGCACAGUUAAGGAUGUAAUGGUUGCAACCUCAUAUCACAGUAAGGAUAGAAAUACACAUUAGUGCAAAUCACUGUGCCCCCCCCCCCCCCCCCGCUCCCCCCAUAGUGAAAUGUGACCAAACACGUGCUUCUUUCCCCCUCCAAACUACCUUUAUUCAUCCCUUCUCUCGCUCCCUUCUUCCUCUCAAACACUGCCCACUCACCGUUCUGUUUACAAAGCUCCACUGACCUCACGUAUCAAUGACCUUUAACCUCUCCCCUGCCUUACCUCAGAGGCCCGACGCUGCAUGCAAACACAAACAGGAAAACACCUCAAAUGCGCCAUUUGAUUAUGUUAUUUUGUUUGUAAUGUGUAAGCCCAGUCCACGGCCAACCAACCACUAAUACUCAGGCUUUAUUUGGGAGAUAUUACAUUAACAACUGUACUUUUUUAAGCCUCUUAACUUAUGCUUUUCUGCCAGAUAUCACUGAGUUGGUACAUGCCGAUGUAACGUUAAAGCUUUGUUUAACCCGUUGUACGUACAUCUCAUGCAGCCGUGUGAUGGCUUCUGCUAGUAGAGACAACUCUGAAACCUGUGCAAGCUCUGUAACAAAACAAACUGUUGCCAUGUGUUUUUAUUCUUAACUGUAAAACUGGAACUUUGAAGGAAUUACCUCAUAACGUUAAAACGUGAGGAAAUCAACAAUGUGUUGCCAUUCAGAUUUGCUAUUUUUUAAACUAGCUAACGCAGUGAGUAGUCGUGUAAUUGAUUAAGGGAAUUAAUCGAGCCUUACAAUAAAAUUAUUUGCGAAACUGGAAAGAUCCCGUCCGCGUGUUGAAUUUGUCUGGGUUUGCUUGUGCUAAUACGCUUGUAGGGCUUUCGGGUGAAGAAAACCAGUCUUUCCAAAACGGCAAUGGAUUCCAUCACGAGUAAAAAUGACAAGACAAUCCACUUCUGAUAUAAUAUUAUAGUUGUACCAUGAAGAACCUAUCACACUGACACUAGAGUUAAUUCACCUCUGCACUGUUGCCCCAUGAGUCAACAAAUGAUUUACUUUAGCCCAGGAGACAAAUCAGAAAAGUUCCCUAGUUGUGAAAAAAUGUCAAGACAAAUGUUUGAAAUCAAACCAUUAUCCCAUUUGAUGUGUGUUCCUUUGUGAUAUUUGGCAGGAAGGCAUUUUAUUUUAUUUGAGCUGGCCUCUUUAUAAAGAAUGGUGGACAACAUGCAAAAGUACCUUCUUCGCUGUAUGUUCUGAUUACUUAUUUUGGAAUGUCUUCUAUUCACAUUAGAAAUGACUAAUUCACACUUCUAUUCUUACAAGGCAUUUUGUGUUGCAUACAUGCACCGUAUGGGGAAUUUUAAUGUACAGUUAACUGCUAUUCCACACACUAUUCCUUCAUCACCUCUACUGCUUCCUGUACCCUCUUCCAUUCAAUGUUUUUCCUGUCACCGUGCCUUUUUUCUAUGCCUGUCAUCUGCACCCAUGUCACUGCUACCCUGUAUGUUGAAGUUCUCCACCUGUAGGCUCCAUCCUAACCCUCUCAAAACCACCCAUUUAUUUUGCGGUCACUCAAUGCUCUGGUGGGUACAUUCAAGCCAUAGCCUGCCAGUCUGCAUUGGUCAAAUGCAUUUCUGCUUUGCAUCAUUCACCAAAAUGUGCAACAAUUGAGUUUUUAAUGACGGGUCCAGCUGAACUUUUGGGGAGCAAGUGAUGCAUGCAAUAGAGGUCAAUGCACGGUGAAGGUACACCUGGGUCUGGACAAUGUUGAUGCAAACGCAACAAAAAUGCAAGGAUGACCGAAAAGUGGUCUCAACACAUUCGGAUUGCCUUUUUCUCUGAAGAAGCACUAGCUAACACCUAUGUCUGUACAAGUCUUUACUUUUUCUAAGACUAAUGUCACGUUUUUACAUGGCAAGCUGCCUUGUUUGUCUUCUCAAUGUGACCUCUGUCUGGCUACUGGCUACGUGUUGGUCUGUGCACUUGUUUGGAUUCUCCCUAACCCACAGUGGGCUGAUACAGUAAGGGUUCUGGUCAAACUGUUCUCCCUAACCCACAGUGGGCUGAUACAGUAAGGGUUCUGGUCAAACUGUUCUCCCUAACCAUUUUACAUCAUUUACAUUUUAGUCAUUUAGCAGACGCUCUUAUCCAGAGCGACUUACAGUUAGCACAUACAUUAUUUUAUCGAACCCACAACCCUGGCGUUGCAAACGCCAUGCUCUACCAACUGAGCUACAUCCCCUGUCGGCCAUUCCCUCCCCUACCCUGGACGACGCUGGGCCAAUUGUGCACCGCCCCAUGAGUCUCCCGGUCGCGGCCGGCUACGACAGAGCCUGGAUUUGAACCAGGAUCUCUAGUGGCACAGCUAGCACUGCGAUGCAGUGCCUUAGACCACUGCGCCACUCGGGAGACCCACAGUGGGCUGAUACAGUAAGGGUUCUGGUCAAACUGCACUAUUUAAACAAGAAUGCGUAUUUCACCAUCUCUUGGGGUUUGUACACAGAGUUCUACAAUGUUCACGUUGGCAUGUCUAACUGCCUCUAUUUUCCUGGAUAUCCUUUCUCAUGUCACAUUGGGCGCAUAUGUGCUAUGUUGAUUGAGUUGGAGAGAAAUUGUGAGUCAGUCUUUUUGUAACAUGAGUGUGAGUGAUAUUCGGGCGCUGGGUUCUGUCUUGCAGUGGCACCAGUCAUUCUGGCAGCAGCCUCUGCUUUGGAGGUGACGACAGUCGCUGAAGUGGUUGUGCCUGUUGUAGAAGAAGUUGAGGAGGCGGCCCCAGUAGAGGCCCCUGCUGCAGUGGAGGAGUCCCCAAGCUGCAGUGGAGGAGGCCCCACUUGAGCCUGCACCCGUAGAAGAGGCCCCAGCUGCAGUGGAGGAGGCUGCAGUGGAGGAGGCCCCAGCUACAAUGGAGGAGGCCCCAGCUACAGUGGAGGAGGCCCCAGCUACAGUGGAGGAGGCCCCAGCUUCCCCAGCUGCAGUGGAGGAGGCCCCAUCUGCAGUGGAAGAGGCCCCAGCUGCCCCACUUGAGGCUGCACCCGUAGAAGAGGCUGCAGUGGAGGAGGCCCCGGCUGCAGUGGAGGAGGCCCCGGCUGCAGUGGAGGAGGCCCCGGCUGCCCCACUUGAGCCUGCACCAAUCGAAGAGGCCCCAGCUGCAGUGGAAGAGGCCCCAGCUGCAGUGGAAGAGGCCCCAGCUGCAGUGGAAGAGGCUGCAGUGGAAGAGGCUGCAGUGGAAGAGGCUGCAGUGGAAGAGGCUGCAGUGGAAGAGGCUGCAGUGGAAGAGGCUGCAGUGGAAGAGGCUGCAGUGGAAGAGGCUGCAGUGGAAGAGGCCCCAGCUGCAGUGGAAGAGGCCCCAGCUGCAGUGGAAGAGGCCCCAGCUGCAGUGGAAGAGGCCCCAGCUGCAGUGGAAGAGGCCCCAGCUGUAGUGGAAGAGGCCCCAGUUGAGGUGGCGGCACCUGUGGAUGCGCCCAAAAAGGAGUACAUUGUAGUGGUGUUGGAGGGAGCAGCCAAGUCCGAUAAGAGGCCCAAAGUCCUGGGGGUCGGCCCCAUGACCGGCAGGAUCAUCCCAGCUCCAGAUGAUGACGAGGCCCCUGCUGCUGAGGUAACAGGUAAUUUGACAACUAAAGCAUGCAAUUGAUCAAUAGAAUGUCUGAUUAGUUGGAUGAGUAGAUUAAAAAUAGGACUAACACUGUCUAUAAAUGCACAGAUGGUUAUAUAUUUUGUUCAAAUAGAUCAUUUUCAAUAACAAAAUCAUGAAUGAUGAUGCAACAGCCAUGGCGGUAGUAGCGGGAGUUGUAUCUCACAUUUAGAAAUCUAGAUGAAUAGAGUGCUGCCAUUUCAGUGCUAGUCAUGGUAUUGUGAUCUAAUGUGAUCUCACCACGUCUGUCUUCAGGGCAAGCGACGGCUGCUUAGGAUGCAGAUGCAG